AAUCUCACCCUCCUCCCUCCUCUUCUCUGUCUCUCCACCCCUCCGGCCGGCCCAUCUCUGUGGGCGAUCAAGCGCGAGAAGCCGGGCCGCGGCGUGGAGGAGGAGGAGGAGGAGGAGGACGAAGGUCGAGGGCCACGCGUCUUGCAAGACCCCGCGCCGCGGUCGCCAUGGCGUGAUCGAGGUACUCGCGUUGCGUGAUCGCUGGCGCUACGCUCACCACGACGUUUUCGCCAUAGGCCCACGGCAUCUCGACACAGCCGCGCCGGCCGUCGGGGCGGGAGAACAGAUGACGAAUGGUGGGGAGCCGAGGAGGAGGGGAGUUCAGGUAGGUAGAGCAGAGGUAGGUAGGUAGGUACCCGGGGGGGAAACUAUACAUGGCGCUGCCGUCCCGCCGCCGAAGCUCGCUGCCGCAGACAGCCGCCAUUUGUACUUGUGCGCGACAGCUGGAAGUAGGCCGGGCUAGGUACCCACGGCCGGCCAGGUACUUUACAGAGGUGGGCAGUGAGUUAUCUGCCCACAGCGUACCUACAGCAUAAUACACUAUCGGAUAGGCCCGUCCAACAGCUCACGGGCCGAGCUGGUCGGAUACAGACAUAUCUACCCUAGGCGUAGAGACGGGCGAAUUGAUAUCUGGCCCAAGACAGCUCAGAGAGGCUUCUUCUUACCUGAUAUACCUAAGCCAGUAAGACACACGCAGAGAAACACAGACACACAGACCGGCAGAGGCAAGCGACCAAGAUGAGUGCAGACGCCGAGACCUCAGCGCCGAAGAAGGCCAAGAAGAGCCUCGUGCUCAACGCCUUCGUGAUGAUGUGCAGCGGCCACCAGUCCCCCGGCUUAUGGCGGCACCCGGACGACGAGUCGUGGCGCUUCAACGACGUCUCGCACUGGGUCGAGCUGGCCAAGCUGCUCGAGGCGGCCAAAUUCCACGGCAUCUUCGUCGCCGACGUCCUCGGAGGCUACGACGUCUACACGGGCUCGCUCGACCCGGCCAAGAUCUCCGGCGCCCAGUGGCCCGUCAACGAGCCGCUCUCCGUCGUCGCCGCCAUGGCCGCCGCCACCGAGAGCAUCGGCUUCGGCGUCACCGCCUCGACCACCUACGAGCAGCCCUACCACUUCGCGCGGCGCCUGUCGACCGUCGACCACUUGACCAAAGGACGGCUAGGUUGGAAUAUCGUGACCGGCUACCUGGACUCGGCCGCGAGGAACCUGGGCUUCGCGGAGCAACCCAAGCACGACGACCGCUACGCGCAGGCCGAGGAGUACCUCCAGGUCAUCUACAAGCUCCUCGAGUCGUCCUGGCGCGACGACGCCGUGAAGCUGGACCGCAAGGCCGGCGUCUACACCCAGCCCGACCUCGUGCGGCCCAUCAACCACCGCGGGAAGUACUUCACCGUGCCCGGCCCGCACAUCUGCCAGCCGAGCCCCCAGAGGACCCCGCUAAUCCUCCAGGCCGGCACGUCCCGCGCCGGGAAGCAGUUUGCCGCUCAGCACGCCGAGGCCAUCUUCGUAUCCGCGCACGCGCCACAAGUCUGCGCGCGGAACAUCGCGGAGGUGCGGGAGCUGGCGCGGACGCAGUUCGGGCGGGACCCGGCGCACAUCAAGGUGCUGGCGCUGGUGACGGCGGUGCUGGGGCGGACGGAGGCGGAGGCGCGCGCGAAGCUGGCCGACUACCGGCGGUACGCGUCGGGCGAGGGCGCGCUGGCGCUGUUCGGCGGCUGGACCGGCAUCGACCUGAGCCGCUACGGCGACGACGAGGAGCUGCGCCACGUCGAGAGCAACGCCGUGCGGUCGACCGUCGAGGGCUUCGCCCGCUUCGCCCCCGCCGUCGCCGCCGCCGGCGCCAAGUGGACCAAGCACACCAUCGCCGAGCACGUCAGCAUCGGCGGCAACGGCCCCCUCUUCGUCGGCACCCCCGCCCAGGUCGCCGACGCGCUCGAGGCCUGGGUCGACGAGGCGGACGUCGACGGGUUCAACUUUGCCUACGCGCUCUUCCCGCAGUCCUUCCGCGACAUCGCCGAGCUGCUGGUGCCCGAGCUGCGCCGCCGCGGCCUCUUCUGGGACGACUACGCCGUGCCCGGCGGCACGUACCGCGAGAACUUCUACCGGAAGCCCGGGCAGACGGGCCCCCUCGACGAGCACGUCGCCGCGGCCUACCGCUGGAGGGCCGGCGUGCCCGCCGACCAGCACGUCAUUCGGGAUUGACUUGGUUCGUCGGUCGGUCGGUCGGUCUCUGAGAGGAAGGGUUGGGGGAGGGCGAGGGCGAGGGCGAGGGGGAAGGGGGGCGCGGAACCCCGAGACUAUGUAGGAUAGCAGGCAGGCAGGCAAAUUCAAACGCUCCCCGAUCCCCC